AUGGCUUGUCCUCUAACUCAUAAAGUGGUAAAAGGUGAGCUUAAGAAUGGUUUUGAUGACUGCCUUACGAGCUUGAAUUAUUCGAAUUACCAAGGUGCUACGAUAACGAUUAAAAAAGAUUCAUUACCCACUCCAUUUGCGCAAAAUAGGGUAGUCGACGGUCUGUACGGAGGCCUGGUGUAUGAUGUUGGUAGGGUUAAAUGGAUUAUUCUUUGGACCACUCACUGUAAGGUGGCUACUAAGAUCAUUCCGACCGAAAACCAUGUUGUUUGGGAGGAUAUAGUGAGCAUCCUUCAGCCCUACGAUAGCUCUGACAACUUGCCCUUAUCAUGUGGGGGUGCAUUUGCCGCAGAAGCUCAUAUCCAUACAAAUGGAGAUGGAUCUCUAAACCCGACAGCACAAAUCAUGUGGAGCGGUUGCAAGUAA